UGGACACCAUGCCGCCCUCCGGGGUCGAUAAAUUCCCGGAUUCCGCAAAUUGCCCCGAAUUCGACGGGAAAAUGGUCGUUUUUCACGUAAACGUGCGGUCAAAUUAGAUCUCCUUCCCCCUUUGUUCCCCCCCAGUCCCACCCUCCACGAUAACCAAACCGAAAAAUGCGGUAAAAAAUUGAAUUUUCCGACCACCCGCCGUCAGUCAAAUCAGAAGCGGGAUAAAAAUGUAACGAUGGUCUUGCAGAAAAUCGUCUCGACGCGAUACUGGUACAGCAGGAGGGACAGGAAACGCAACACCCCAUCAUCAGAGGCGGGAGCCCCAGAUGGCCGCCCCCAAGCGGCCAUGCCGCCCGAAGCCAUGAGGCCUGAGAGCAUCAGCGACUCGUUGCCGCCCUCGCCGCCCCCCAAACAGGCCGCCGCCCUUUGCAGUGACAACAAUAACACGGUGCCCGCCCACGAGCUGGAGCUCUUGGCCAAGCUGGAGGCGGCAAACCGCCUCAUCGAGGCGGACUCGAAGUCCCUGGGGUCUUUGAGCGGUGCCAGCGGACACUCGAGGAAGGGUUCGGACACCAGUCAAGUGUCUUUGACUUCUGGUACUAGCUCCAUUGCGGACCGUCCAGACGAAGGAGACGAGCUAUGGGCCAAAUGGGGCUAUCUGGUCAACAACUGGACCGAGCAGUGGAAGAAGAACAACUCGCAAGUGAGGGAUUAUGUGAGGAGAGGGGUCCCGGUCCAUUUUAGGGCCAUCGCCUGGCAGCUCUUGUGCGGAGCCUCCGAAGGAGACAAGAAACUUUACGCCGAAUACAUUAAGACGAAAUCCCCUUGCGAGAAAGUGAUUCGCAGGGACAUCGCUCGCACUUAUCCAGAGCACGACUUCUUUAAGGAAAAAGACGGUCCGGGUCAAGAAUCUCUUUUUAACGUCAUUAAGGCGUAUUCGCUCCAUGACAGGGAGGUGGGAUACUGCCAGGGAUCUGGAUUCAUCGUGGGCCUGCUACUUAUGCAACCGCAGCAAAAAGAGGGUCUGACGAUGCCCGAAGAGGAAGCCUUCGCCGUCCUGGUAAAGAUCAUGCAGGACUACCGAAUGCGGGACAUGUUCAAGCCGAGCAUGUCCGAAUUGGGCUUAUGCAUGUUCCAACUGGAAAACUUAGUAAUGGAGUUGCUGCCCGACCUCAAUCAGCACUUUCAGAGCCAGAACUUCCAGACGACCAUGUACGCGUCCAGUUGGUUCCUCACGUUGUUUACCACCGCCCUCAGUUUACCGCUCGCGAGUCGCAUUAUGGACGUUUUCCUCUCAGAGGGUAUGGAAAUCAUAUUUAAGGUGGCCUUGGCGAUGCUGAUGCUGGGCAAGGAUGACUUAAUGAGCCUGGACAUGGAGGGGAUGUUGAAGUAUUUUCAAAAGGAACUGCCCGCCAAGGCGGACAACGACCCGGAGACCCUCCUGCAGACCGCCUACGUGGUCAAAUACAACGCGAAGAAGAUGAAAAAGUUGGAAAAAGACUAUCAGAUCCUCAAAAACAAGGAAAAAGAGGAGUCAGCCGAACUAAAGCGAUUACGUGCCGAAGUGAAACGACUUAAGAACAAAGCGGACAUGCUCGAGGACGAGAACAAGAAUCUGGCAGACAAAUUGGUCAAGGGGCAACUAUGCAGGGCCGAGGAGGAGGAGACCACUUGGAUAGUGCAACGGGAGCUGGAGGCCCUAAAGAUCACCCACCUGGACACCGAGCACCAACUGGCCCUGGCCAAAGAAAAAAUCCGUUCGCUGUCCCUUAUGAUGGAGCAAAACGACUCCUCGAGGCAAUCCUCUAUAGACGAGAUCACCAUGAAGGAGGAGCAGCUGCAACAGCGGGAGGAGAUGAUCGAGUGCCUCCAGGAGCAGCUGGUCAAAGUGAGACUCCGGGAGGCGGAGAACGACGCCCUCAUACGCGAUCUUCGCUCCAGGAUACACGAGUUGGAGGAGGACAAGAAGACUCUGAGGGAAACCACUCCGGAGAACAGCGUGGCCCACAUGCAAGAAGAACUGAUCGCUGUUAAGAUGCGCGAGGCAGAAGCCAACAUGUACCUGAAGGAUAUCAGGGAGAGGGUGGCCGAACUGAGCAGGCAGUUCCAGAAACAUGUGCAGGAACAUAAGGCGAAGCAAGAGACAGCGACCCUAAACGACCCCCUGAGCACCCCGAAGAAAAUCCUAUUCGGCAACCGCAACAACGAGAUCCAGAAGCUCGAGGAGGAGCUGAUGGAAACGAGGAUCAGGGAGACGGAGACUCUGAUCGAGGUCAAAGAGUUGAGGCUCAAAGUGAUGGAAUUGGAGACGCAGGUGCAGGUGGGCACCAACCAGCUGCGUCGCCAAGAUGAAGAGAUCAAGAAGCAGCGGGAGGCUUUGGAGGAGGCGGAGCUGCGUGAUCGGGAGGCGGCCGCUCGCCUCCUGGAGGAGCAGCGUCGGUACGCUGACCUCGAGAGUAAGAUGCAGGACGAGCUGAUGAAGGCGCGGAUCAGCGACGCCGAGAAGACCCAAGCGAUCGCAGAGCUGACUCAGAAGAACAGCCAGCUGGAGCUGAGGAGCCAGGAGAUUGCCACGGAGGGUGAGCUCAGGAUACACUCGGUAGAUGAUAGCGAGAGGGUGCGGGAGCUUCAAGAUAAAGUUGCUGACCUGCAAGCUGAGGUAAUGAAGCUGCACAGGCGCGGUGGGCCCUUGCUGUCCUCCUCGGCCCUCUCGAUCGACAGCACCACCACUGACGACGACAGCCGAAUGGAUGAGCCCUCACUAAGGCUCACCAUUACCCCCGUGUCCCCCACGGAGCCCCCCAAGAGGUCUUUCGGGGAUCUGGGGGAUGAGGUUAAGAAGGUCAGUGUAUGACCCCCACUUAUGAUUGUUUUAGUUGUAAAUUAGUAAGCAGGGUAAGCUUUUAAAGUAUGACACUCUUGUCAGGUGCCAAACCAGAAGGCAUUUUAAGAAGAAGUAUUUUGAAUUGUACUUAAUUUUUUUUAUAGGGAAAAAAUGCACAAAAAAAACAUCAAAUAACGAAAUUAUAUAAAAUAAUAUAGUGUCUACACCUAGUGAUAUAUUAUUAAUAAAAUAGAUUUUUAUAAUUAUUAAUAAUAAUAAUAAUAAACUAAUUGGGCUGUAUUACUAUGCCUACUGUUGACAACUAUUUAAAGUCAACUGGAUGCGAUGUCGACGUAUAUGUAGAAGCUGUUUUCGUCCUUAUAGGAAUAGUCUAAAUGUGAUUUUUUUGGUAGAAAGUAUUCGACCGAACAUUCCUUUGUGAAAAAACCGUGCAUAGUGAUUAAAAAAAAUUGUUUUAGGCCUCCUCCCCCCCGAGGAGGCCCCACUGUAUCCUAAUACUCGUGUAAUGAAAUUGAAAAAAUUAUCGAUUGUUCUUCUUUUGGAUGUUUUAAUUCUAUUUGUUAAUGAAAAAUGUGUUUUUUUAUUAUUUAUUAACCGUAGCCAAAUGUGAAUAACGUAUACUAAAUUAUUAUGAUUUUUUUUACGGAUUAUUAAAAGUUUGUUAAAAGGC